CCAAAGGGGUCUGGUGUCAGCUGCAAACUGUACGCAGACAAGGCUGCACAUGGACGCACUGAUGAGUAGCUGUGUUGAAGAUAUGACCAGCUUUGUCUAAGCUUGGCUGUGCUUAAUCAUUAGCGAGCGGGUCGUAAAUGUAUCGGCAGUGGGCGGACUACCUCCGGGACUCUCCCCCCGGCCACUCCUCUCUGAACAGUCGCUCCAGUCCGCGAUGGAGCCUCGGACAUAACGGACCGCCGGGUUCUUAUGUGGACCUGUGGGAGAAGCUCGCAUGGCAUGAGGACUGCUCAAAGACAACUUUGAGAGCAAGAAUGAAAAUAAGAUGUGCCCACUACAUACAUAGAUUGAGACACAGGUGCUUCCUGUUUUCUCUGUCUCUGCUGGUGGUCUGUCUGCUCAAGCUGGUCCACAUUAAAGUGACGGUGAGGGACAGCGUCUACAUUGAGCCCUAUGGAGUCACUGUCAGCUCGUCCGGAAUCCACAACCACAGGUAUGAUGUCAACUGCACUGCCAUCUACGAGCUUGACCCUGUGGAGAUAGGCAAAGCUUUUGAGAUAAAACGGAAAGUCAUUGUUGACGUGGAUGAUGAUAGCACUGUGAGUUUGACCUCAGACUGUCAAAUAUUUAUCAAAACAAGGGGUUACAAUGAGGUUCCAGUGUCGGCUCCAGAGCGGAGCUUCCCACUGGCUUACUCCCUGGUGGUGCAUAAGAAUGCACCCAUGGUGGAGCGUAUUCUUCAUGCCAUCUAUGCACCUCAUAACAUCUAUUGCAUUCACUAUGAUCAGAAGUCCUCUCCAGCAUUUAUAAAGGCCAUUCAAAAUGUGGCUCAGUGCACUCCAAAUGUGUUCAUUGCCUCAAAAUUGGAGUCUGUGGAAUAUGCCCACAUCAGCAGGCUUAAUGCCGACCUAAACUGUCUCUCUGACCUGCUAAGGUCAGAGGUCAAGUGGAAGUAUGUCAUCAACCUGUGUGGCCAGGACUUUCCUCUUAAGUCAAACUAUGAGCUGGUAAUGGAGCUGAAGCAGCUGAAUGGCAGUAACAUGCUGGAGUCCAGCCGGCCCAGUGAACUCAAGAAACAGCGUUUCAGCUUCCAGCAUGAGCUGAAAAACGUGCCUUAUGAGUACCGUCGCAUUCCCGUCAAAACCACAGUGGCCAAAGAUGAUCCUCCUCACGGCAUCGAGAUGUUCAUCGGGAGUGCAUAUUUUGUGCUGUCAAGGGAUUUUGUGAAUCACAUUAGCAGCAGCCAGGUGGCAAAGGACUUUCUGGCAUGGUCUGCUGACACAUACUCACCAGAUGAGCACUUCUGGGCCACCUUUGUCAGGGUCCCUGGAGUGCCUGGACACAUUCCCAGGUCAGAAGCAGACAUUACAGAUCUGAGGAGUAAGACAAGACUAGUCAAAUGGAACUAUUUAGAAGGAAAUCUUUACCCAGCCUGCACGGGUACACACAUGAGGAGUGUUUGCAUCUACGGAGCUGCUGAACUUCGCUGGCUCCUCAACUAUGGCCACUGGUUUGCUAACAAAUUUGACCCCAAAGUGGACCCGAUCCUGAUUAAGUGUUUGGAGGAAAAGCUGCUGGAAAAACGUCAAUACGUGCAAACAUGAUACUGAAGGAAAAAGGGAAUGUGAUAAGGAGAGGAGAGAGUAGGUCCAGUAUUUUCAUGUUAUUAGGCAAAGGUGCAAAAUUACAGAAAUGGAAAGUAACAAAGUACAUCUAGUAGAUUACUGUACUUAAGUAUAAUUUUGAUAUGCAGGCACUUUACUUGAGUAUUUUCAUUUUGUUCAAUUCUACUACCUAUUUCAUUGGAAAAUAUUGAACUUAGUGUAUGACAUUUGUCUGAUGGCUUCUAAUUAUUUUGCAGAUUAAGAUUUCUCAAGCAAACACAUGAUAGCAUAAAAUGUACACUGCUAUAGUUUAAACUACCUGACAGUAUAUGGAGAGGCAACAUUAAAACAUUUCAUCAGUAAUGUAUCAGUAAUUUAACACUGAAGGGGAUCCUUCUUCAAAAUGAGUUCUUUUACUUUUGUUGAAAAGGUAUAUUUUCCUAAUAUUUCUAAAUAUUGAUUGCUGGACUUUUACUUUUAAUUAAUUAUUUUACAGUGUGGUAUUGCUAAGGGAUUUGAAUUCUCUUUCCAACUCUGCUAGAUUAUGCCAUCCUGCCGCAGUAGGAUACUGCACUCAGCAAAAAAUGGCCUUUUCGCAUUAUUUUAUCAAUUCUAAUCAUUGUCAGUCUGUAACUUUCACUGACCACACAGGGAGUUUAAUCAGUAACAGAAGGAAAUGAAAAAGUGCUUAUGUCUAAAAGAACAAUGGGUUAUUUCAGGAAACACCAUCCUAAAAACAAAUGCCACUUGAUAUCACAUCCAAAAACAGUGUCCAUGUUGUUCCAGAGACUGCUCCUAUACUGAGAGCAGAAAUGCCAAAGACUUAUGUUGUUCUCAUGUGUUCUGUAAAUUCAAUGCUCCAUCAAGUUUUUUUGUUUUAGUCAUGAAGAUAGCAAUUGAUUUGAACAAAUUUAGAUUAAUAUGAAAGCUUGUGAUCUCUGAUGAUUUAUUUAUUCCUGAAUAAAAUUAUGAUGCUUCUUA